AUGUCUGCUUCCACGUUUUUCAUCAAUUGCCUUAGACUCUCGGUGCGCAAGCUCACCUGCUACCUUCCUGCGAAGGUUUUAAAGCCUGAGAUCAGAGCCGCUUCCAGCUAUAAUCCCUUUGGUUGCACACCCAGAGAGGAAUGGCAAGGAUGGGCGCGGGAGUGGGACUUUGACAAGACAUUGCGCGUUUUGGAAGACAAUGCUAUUCUUAGUCAACUUCAACUGACACUGUGCUGUCACGUUCCUGACAAGAGCCACAUCUGGGAUGAUCUCGAGAGUCCAGGACGGUGGAGCCAAUUCUAUCUCGCAGUGCACGCAAAACGCUUGCGUGGGAUGCAGGAAGAUGGGCUGAAGGACUUUUCGAUUAUGCUGCUGAAGAACGACGGAUGGUGCGAAUAUUCCAGGCCGUCAGAGAAUCCUGACAGUGAGGACCGUCUCUGA